GGUUAUUUGUAAUGGCAGGAUUCCGAUCUCCUUGAACUUUAAUGCUUACUAGUAUUAUGGGACAACAUCGAUUCUUCACUGGCUAUUUUACUCUUUUGUGCUUUUUUAUUGACGUUAUUAUAUCAGGUAAGGAGUUCAGUUUCUUUCCUUAACAUGAUUAACAGUUAAAAUUCAAUUGCUCUGUAAUUAACUGCCGUGAUGUCUGGAGGUAUUUACAUUUCAUGUUUGCCGAAAUAAACAUUUAAUAUCAUUUUGAAAGCAACAUAAUAGUUCCAGGUCCCUCCUUGGCCACCUUGGCAUCUUGUAUCAACUUCACCAAGUCACUAAUCAGCUAUAAGUCGCUAAAACUGUCACAUCAACCGAUGACUUCGAUUGGAGGUCGACAACUGUCCACGAAAUUGUUAAUCAUUACUGUUUAAAGUUUUUUUGAUAAAUAAGAGUUUAUUAUCUCCCAUAAACUUUCUCGGUAAGUUGUCGCUGUCUGCCUAAACGAACAUUCGUGCUGCUUUGUUCCAUUUCAAUUCUCCACUUAACACUUUUCUAGAAGAAAGUGAUUUAGAGUACAAAGUAAUGCCAAAGAAACUUGGUUACUAAGAAUACUGUCGAAGUUUUCGUGGAUCAGUGGUUUUGUUGCUUGUCUAGUGUUUAUUUAUUUCUUUAUUUUUAUUUUAUUGUGCCAAGCAGCUCAAUCGCGUUUUGAGUUUCCUUCACAGGCAAUUUAAAAUCUAAAUCACAAUGUGUAGUGUGGUAACAAGAUAUAUAACCUUCCAUCAACUUAGCAAUUCAAACUUGCUGGGUUGUUAAAAGAGGCACUUCUCAAUAGAAUAAUUCAGUGACUCUCCAGAGCCAAUUUAAAGAGAGGAGUACUCAACUGGUAUGAUCUCGCUAAAGUCUUUUAAAAAUUACUUCUGCCUAGUCUGCAGUCAAGGAAUCCUAAUAGGACAUUCCAUCAAGAGUCAAUACCGCUGUUUGGAUCGACGUAUUUCUAUAAGAUUCUAGAAUAAGCCUGUGAGUUAUCACACCACGGUAUUAAUCUUUGAAGCUAAAGGAAAAUAUUUAUUUCAGAUGCGAUAUUUAUCUGGACAUCGCCUCCUCCCGCUUGGAAUCAAACCAACCCAGGAACAGCUGAUAUUGAAACAGCUGUAAUCCAGGCAGUCAAUGGAAGUAAAAAUGCCACUGUAAGAUGGAAAUACACCCUAUUGCAUAAUCAGAACAUCGCUUUCACUUUCUUUGCAAUUGGUGAUGGCAUAAGCCAACCAGAUGACAUUGGAUUUGUGCUAAACGGAAGCUCAUCAAUCAAUGACAGGAAUGACUACCUAGCACGGUUUAGUAUUGGUAGUACGAGCAAAUAUUCUACGCUGAUAAUAAGAACAGUGACAAAGAGAGAGAACGCUACAUUCCAAUGCAGAGUGCAGGUGGGAUCAGAUACGUGGGCUUACAAUGUACGGAUUGAAGUAAACGGUAAGUUCAAGGAUUAAGUGGCAUUUCUAUAAUAGCCUUAGAUAACUUCGCUAAAUAGGUUCAUCUCCGUCAUCUUAAAUAAAGUUAUCGUUAUUGUGCUUUGCAGAAAAGCAGAGUUUAAUUCUUAUAUAUUCAAGCUUCGUGUAACAAAGACGAAGUGAUUAUUACUUAACAAAAUAGAGCCCUUCAGUUCGAGUCACUCGUAAUGGGCCACUUUCGAUAUACUAAAAUUCACAAAGAAAAUGACUAAAAAUGCUUAUUCGUUUUCUUUUAUGGUGUUCUCUAAAACUCGCUAUAAUGCUGAAUUUUAAUAUAUCGAAAGCGGCCUAUUUAUUGAAUAGCGCUGUAAAAAACAUUUCUGUCAUGUUUUCACUGAAGUGCUUCUACAAAUGAGACACUGGAUAAUCUGUAGAACAAAGCUUUACAGUACAAGUUACGGUUUUUUCACGUUGCAAAUACUCCACCAAUUUGGUAAAUAGUUUAGGAUAACUUAGAGGUUUUCUCUUUCACGUGCCUUUAAAUUUUUAAUUGUGUUGCCUUCGUUAUCAAUACAUCAACUUUCUCGCUUGUUUCGGUUCCACUAACAGUUCCUGCAAGUAUCACUCACAUCUCUGGUAACCAGACUGCAACCCUCAAUGACACAAUUAAUUUGAAAUGUUCAGCUGAAGGUCACCCAGCACCAAGCGUCCGCUGGAUAAGAGCCACUGAUACCAGUUCAGUCACCUUUCCAUUGACUAUAAAUGGCAUAAAAGAUGAAGGAGUUUAUCGAUGCAUUGCUGACAAUGGUUUUGGCAAUCCAGCAAAUGGUGAUGUUUUCAUCACUGUUCAGAGUAAGCUCAACUAGUGAUAUCAAAGCAUUAUGUUUAUAAACAGAGGCCAACUGAGUCCUUUUUUUACAAAAGUUAAAAAAGGGAAUCAUAAUUUAAGGAUUUCGUACAAUUAAAAUUUCUCCUGCAAAAGCUAAAGGAAGGGGCCAGGGGUGGGGACGUUUUUGUAUCGAACUUUUGACUUGUCAGUAUCAGUCUAUGAUUGUAAACUUCACUGAGUCAUAAUGGUGCCAACGGCAUUUACUGGGAAGUGAAUUAUAAUAGCUGUUCAUGUUCUUACAAAACUGAAAAGUGGCUGUUACACUCUGAUAUAGCGUUUUACCGAUACACAUGUAGGUGGAAUAUGAUCAUCCGAGUGAGUGGAGCCUUGACUAAUUUUUGAUGGCAACGUAUGUCGUACAAGUUGUUUUUAACGGUCCUUCUGGUUCUCAUGGGAAUUGACUCCAUUUUCAAAUGGCGAUUAAAGCGACGGACUUUCAAUUUUAAUCGAGCGAAGAAAGUGUAUUUUCCUCAGGAUUUGUCAGAUUUCGGACAAUUUGCAUUUGAAUCGUUUGCCCUGCACUCUGCAACCUUGUGAAAUAAUUCGGUUGCGCGCGCUGGUCUUUGUUAAAAUAAUUUUGUCAUUAAGACUACAUGAUUAUUUUUGUGAUAUCUUGCAUGUCAGUAAAGCCAAAGGUAAUUUUCUCCCGUGAGAUGUUUUGGUAGUUUCCUUUUCCUCUUUUGAUUAUAUUAUAAAACAAACGGCAAACGGCUUAUCUUGUACUAUUGACUUAAGUUGCACUUGGGAGCAUUGCUAAGCACUCAAGUAGCUAGAGUCCCUUCUUUCGUGCUUAGCAACCCCCCGCGUGCAACUAUAACUCACUAUAACUGAGAUAAUACGCUCGCUUUGAUUACCCGGGAGGCAUGUGUGCAUGAGAGUAUGUAAACAUCGUUGUGACGUCAACAUGUUUUGCUUUUUGCGCGCUAUUCACACAAGCACGAAUUCGAAUUUGACCCGACAAUUAUACUUUAUUUACCUAUUCCCUCGUAGGCUGAAACUUGUAAAAUCUUUACAAAACAUGCUAUGUCAAUUGUUUUUCGCUUAAGCUGACAUUUUGAGCGAGAAACAUCCGUAUUUUGGGAAGCCUCUGUUUUGCAAAACAAGAACUGAUUACGCGUGCAAAACUUCGCGACUGGGGAAAAUUUCUCUUUUAAUCAGUGCCAUAACAAAGAGUUUUUCGUUUUUUCACGGGAGAGUUAAUUUAUAAAAGCAAUAGAAAAUUUUUUCCUGUAUUUGCAUAGCCUGAUAUAAACCCGAGAGGGGUUGGGAGAAUUUUAGACAGUUAUGCAAAACCCGAGACGCAUAACUGUCUCGAAUUCUCCCAACCCCGCUCGUGUUAUAUCAGGCUAUGCAAACACGGGAAACGUUUUCUAUUGCUUAAAUAGUACACGCUGUGCAGUUUGCCAUUUGUUAAUUGGUUAAUCUAAAAGCAUUGGUGGAAUAAAUAACUGCAUGAAAAUAAUAAAGAGAUGUUUCCAAUGUUGUUUUUUCAGAUUACACUCCGACGAACACAAAUUUUACAACCAAUUUGAAAGGAGCUGCAGUUACUUUAGGUAAAUACUUUAACCUUACCUGCAGUGCCGUGGCAAAUCCUCUAGCAAAAUUCCGGUUCUAUAGAGGGCAAGAAAUUUUAUUUAACACAACAUCUGGAGAUGUUGUUACAGUGUACACAAUAUCACUAAAUGAAAGAGUCAAUCAGGUGGAUUUCAGCUGUAUUCCCUACAAUGAUUUUGGUGAAGGGCCUGCAAGAGUUAUUACUGUAACAGUGUUUUGUAAGUAUAUGAUUUGGUUAUUUGCACUUAUCGUUGUUCUUGAUACCUCCUGUUACAACAAUGAAACCUGAUCAUACAGUCAUACUUCUUCUUAUAGAGCAUUUCAACUUGUCGUUAUGGGUCUGUCGUCUACAGCACCGCGGAACUUUCACGUGUAUCAGGAGAAUGGUUCACUUUUUUUAAUGUUGGUCUGAUAAGCAUAAAUUAUAUUUCUUUUCUGUCUUACUAUUGUGUUCUUCGUAGCGCUUGUCACGAGAUGCAAAUUGAAAAAAAGUUUUAUAAAGAUGUCAUCUUCAACUUGUGAUGGGUAUGGUACAUUCCAACUCCCACUCUCUCGGGGAUGACGUGCGAUGAGCCACGUCAAAAGGAAUACUUGGACAGUCACUUCUGCGUAUAGGUGGAGAGACUAUGUACUAUUUACAUGACAGCCUUGACUAAAAGUUUAACGUGUUUUGUGCUUAUUUAGAUUUGCCAUCUGCCCCUGUUCUUACAACUACUCCUAGCAACACCACAAUACUUCGUGGAAACCCACUGUCAAUUAUUUGCCAUACUGAUGCCAACCCUGCUGCCCACGUGUAUCAGUUCUAUGUUAAUGACAUCCUUAUUGCAAACAGAAGUAACGGCGUUUUGAAUAUUACUGUCAACAUGGAUGGAAGGUAUACUUGUCUUCCCGUCAAUUCAUUGGGUCCGGGACACAAUACCACUGUCAACGUCACCGUAGUUGGUAAGUAUAGAUUUAACAAAUAGACUCCAUGUUACUACGCGUCUGCUUAUAGUAAUAGAUCACAGGCGACGUCAAAAUUGAGUAAGAACAAAAAAGAAGAUGCACACAAGCCGAAGGCAAGUGUGUCAUUGGUAUUCUUACCACACUUUGACGUCGCUUUGUUAGUUACUACUUUGAAGAUGCGCGACAACAUAGAAUCUAUUAGUUUUAUACGAUGAACAGAAAUAAAUGACAAAAAAGGAAUUUCCUGAGUUAGCAGUUACUUAUAAAACGUUUCUGAAAAGCGUUUUGCUAUACCUUUCCUUGCUUAAUCCGAAAUAAUUAAUCUUGCCAAUAUUGACACGUCCGUUGGACAAAAGAAAAAAUGAGAUCAUAGGUGUGUCUUACAGAUUAUUAAAAACUUCCUAUCAGCGCGCACUUAGCAUUAAUCCUUGGGCCUUUCUAAAACAAAAUGACGCAUUCUUUUCAUAACAGUUUUCCAGAAGAAAUGCAUUUGUUUUUCUCCUCACUCUAUAAUGGAAACAUUUCUUGCAGAAAGCGCGUCAGUAGAAAUAAAGACAACCGCAGAUUUUGUUGUGGAAAGGAAAAACUUCUCAUUAUUUUGUAAUUCGUCUGGCAAACCUAAGGUAUCCAUCACGUGGACCAGAGUUGGCAGUUCCGAGGUCCUAUCGAAAACAUCAAUACUAACUGUGGUGAAUGUAAGCAGACCAGGAACUCCUGAUAAUGUGAUCCAGUAUCAGUGUUCAGGAGAUAAUGGGGUGGGAAGUCCCGCUAUAGCUGUUGCAAAUAUCACUAUACUUUGUAAGUAUGUGCCAUUAGCUCCUUUAAUAUUAUGUGGCUGUCCACCUAAGAGCGGUCCGGCGAGUUUGGGAUCGCCAGUAAUCCUUCCCUUUAUUUUUUGUGGGUGAAAAAGACUUAAUGAGGAAUGAUUAAAAUCGAACUAAUAUUUUUCGAAAUCCUUUUCUGUACUUCGCUACAGCACAAAACUUCUUUGCUGUCCGAGAGCGCUUUUUCAACCUUAUUCGAUGGCCGAAAUUCGAUGAUUUUAAAAGCCGCGCUUCUUCGUAACGGAUAAAUAUCGCUAAAUAAUACAUAGUACAAAGGAUGUAGCUGCAGUUGACCUGUCCUAUGACAGGAUAUGGAAUAAUUUGACGCAAAAUUAAAUUAAAUUAAUAAAAUCAAGCACAAGCCCCUUUGCGGUUUUCCCCCCCCCCUUGACAAAUUCCUCCAAAGUAAAAGCUAAAAUCUCCAAAGCGGUACAAAGAUCACAGGUAAAAUGAACUUCACUGCAAAGAUCUUACCUUAUUCUGCCAGAAAAUAAAGUCAAAGGUGUGGGUAUCGUUCUGGGUUGGACGUGAUCAAACGUUUUUAAGAGCCUCUUUUCGGCAUUAUUUGCAUAGAUUUGCCCGCUUAACGGUUCACACACAACGACUUUAAUUUAGUAGAUAUUUUCUCAGCAGCUGAGAAUGUUGUUGUGUAUCCUCAAAAUAGCGAACAUAUGUUUUCUAUUCACUAGUCUUUUUAAGUUUGUAGAAAUGAAAGCCGAAAAAAAUGCCAUAAACUGACAUUCUUGAUCAACCCGUCGGAUAUGCAAAUUGUGCUUGUUUACAGCCAGGUUGUCCAUUUCAGCUAUGUUAAAAUCUCAAACUACGUACGGUUAUUAACUUCUUCUCAAAUGUAAUCAAUCUUCAGCUUGGAAACUCAGCAACUGGAUACCCUUUUUAAAAUAGAAAUUUAUCUCAUAUUCCAUUUGAGUUUCUUUUUCCGUUUCGAGCAUUUGACAUGAUUUGAAUCAUUGUUGAAUUCCCAGAUCCGUGUUUAUCCCUCAUUUAUCAUGAACAUGUCGGAUUCUCUGACCUCGGGUGACGGCUUUUCUCGUGUAGCUCUUGAGAAAUUAUUAUGAAUCACCUUACGUUUGGUGAAGGGUAUGUCUGUUGGAAUAUUUUUCCGAGCGCGGGUAAUAUUGAACGUUUGUCCCACACGCCAUCAGUCGUAUGCUAAUUUGCAUUUUUGUCACGCAAUAUACCUCCUGUAUCGAUCCCUUUCUUUGCAUAAACAAAUAAAGGGUGAACCAUUACUUUAUUGAUAGGGGGUGGGGGGGAGGACAAGGACACCGAGAUUAAAAAAGAAUUUACAGGGCUGGAAGGAUAAUAUAUAUUAUAGCGGAGCUCCUCGCGCGCGCGAAGCGCGCGCAGAGCGGAGCACCAUGGGUAAGAAAAUUUGGAAAACUAUCCAUCUGAGAAAAUUUGGUUAUGACAUAGCGUACGCCCGCCCGCCCGCCCACCCGUACACACGCUUCAUGUAAGCCGAUGUCAAAUGUCACAAAGGAUCUUGCACAACUUGACUCGCCUCUUAGUUAUGUAAGCCAUCCGUAUGAGUACGAUUAGAUUGACAGCUGUCAAAAUUAGGCAUCCGCUGACAAUUAUCACAUGACUAUCUCGCGGGCUCAGAUGAAAGACCAGUCGUUUUGCCCCUACAUAUAAGCGGAUAUAAUAUGUCACACUUACCAAUUCAACAUAAAAACAAAACUACGCCGGGCAAGGCUGUCAGUUGGCUGACAGUCGUUUAAAGAUAUAUUGGCAAGCCAAAUUAAGGUCAAUUGACAGCUGUCAAAAUGGGACAUGUGCAGACCACUAUUAGAAAACUAAUAACGGGGGCUCAGGUUCGCUCAGGUACACGAUCUGGCAUUUUCCACUAUAUGCCGGACGGAGAUGUCUUACUCACACUCGUAGUCUGUUAAUUCGAAUAUUCGCCAUUGUAAUGAAGGUUAAUUGACAGCUGUCAAACUAGAGUAUACGCUGACCAUCAUCAUCUGAGUGUAUCGCGGGCUCAUUAGCCUAUCCAUUGAGGUCACGUGGUGUUUAAAGUUUUGCGCUGAUAUUUUAUUUGAUCACGGGCUCAAUUCGAAGUCCCAUAGCUUAGAAAAUCGAUCCAUCUUAGAAAAUUCGGCAAUCACGUGACCGUACACCGACCACCCGACCUUCCGUCCGUCCGCACCACAGGUAUACCAAUGUUUAAUCUCACACUUUCUAGCUAGUCUGGGAGCCUGCAACCUGAUAUUGUACAUCCAUGUUUUGAUUAAUUGACAGCAGUCAAAAUAGUGUUACUGCUGACCAGUAUCGCCUGACCCUAUCGCGGGCUCAGGUAUCGACCCACUGAGUUCGAGUGUUUUUUAACGUAUCCGCUGACAGGUUGCUACUUUUCAAUUAUCGCAGGCUCAGGUUCAAUUUUUUUUAAAAGCAUAUGAAAUAAGUCGAGUUCAUGAGCCGCACUUUUAAAAUGUUGAUUUCGAACUGUCCUCGGACGCGAAAAUUCAACCGGCUUUUACAUUUACAUGCGGGGAAGGCAAUCACUUUUGACUUUUCUCACUGUCACGUGUUGAUCACGCUCUACGUUCAAUUUUUAUGUUCUGAUUGGUCAAAAUUUGACAGGUGAGUUCAUGCGGAAAAUUUAUGCAGCGUCUGGAAACUUGCUUACUGAUAGCUGGAGCUUACAGAGUUUUGUAUCAUCUUGUGAUGUUUUAAACUGGCUGUUUCUACUUGGUUUACAAAAUGAAAUACAGCUGCUAUCAAGAUUGUUCUGUAAUUCAUGGCUGGUUUGUUUAUUGCGCUCUUUGUUGACAAAUGCACCGCUUGUCAAAGUCAUUGGAAAUCCGAUUUCGGAUGGCAUCGUUUUCAAAAAUGAGCCUACUCACUUGCCCUUGCUUGAGGCGUAAGAAGGUUGAAAAUUCUGGAACACUUGAUGACCUUCAGAAGCAGCAUCUCGACUGGUAAGCCUGAGAAAUUGUUGUCUUUGAUGUGUUUUUUUUUCCGGUUUCCUGAAGUCGAGCGUAUGGUUUAUGCGGCUUAAGUUUAUAUACGAGCAAUGAUCUAACCUACAAUAGUAUCAGGUUUAAAAAGCCUUUAGACAUUUUCUGACCUCAAAUUCAAAGAAAAUGUUCCGAAGAUUAUUUACUUAUGAUUUUGACUGUAAAAAGAAAGCCCUGAGCGAUUUUCUUGCCUCGAGUUCAUCUUGAAAAAGAGCAAACACCGGGAAGCCGGCUUAAAACAGAAAUAAGCUUAUGCUUACCUGACUCAUGAUUUUCAAAGACACUUUACUCUCAAUACUUCUCUUCGUGAAUGAAAAUUAUUGUCUCUGUACAUGUUUCACCGAAUUAUAUUUAUUUUAUUGAUUGUUAGUAGUCCCUCUCGCAAUUUUUAUCGCUGCACCGGUUGUAUCCAGUCGAACAUAAACAUCUCAUGCAGGAAUACUCAAAACGCCGCGCGUAAAUAUCACUCGCUUUUAAAGAUUACACAUAACAAAACCGUCCGCAGUUUAAUAAAUAAAGGGAAAUAAAACCUAAACAUACAAUUUAUCUAUCAUGUUGAAGCGUAAAUGUUAACUCUAUUAAUCGCACUGCAAAUUUAGUGCCUGUCAAAAGUGAGCCCCGUCCGGCUGGCCGAAAAGUGAUUUUGGGAAUUUUUUUAUCGUUUUCCCUUGUGCAAAGGAAGCGCGUGCUUUGAUCGUCGUGGAUAUUGAAUGAGUGCAAAUUCUUGCAAAAUUGUGAAAAACUGCAGAAUUAUAGGUUUAAAUAGGGCAAGAAAGAACAAAUUUUGUCCGAGGUCUGUAUGAUAAAAACAUUGGCCUCAUAGUACUGUUUACCUGAGACGUGAUGAGAAAAAGUAUGUUUAAAAGGCUGGUUUACACUCCACCAGAUUCGUCGCCAAGAUUUACUAGUAAACUAAACUUGUCGAACACAAAAAAUCCGGCCUGAUUUUUUAUUUUGGCCUCUCUUUUAGACAGAGGAAUGCAACGUGUAAAUUGGCUGCCACCAAGGACUAUCGUGGCGCCUGUGUUUCUUAAAAUUAUAUUUCGGGGUUGUCCAAUUAUCCAUAGUCUCUCAAACGGAGCAAUGUUGGAGAGAGUGGUGAAUGCCACAUUAUGAUUCAACAGCUAAUACAAAUACAAUACACAAAUAGGUAGGUCUAUUUGUUUUCCAGGCCUAAUCUAUUGUGAUCGAACAUGAUUGCUAUUUUUGGGUGUACAAAUAAGAUUAUUUAAUAACUCGAUGUAAAAGCUGUUUCACUCUUGGACUGUCAAAUUAUUUUUCUCUAAAAUCACUUAGCCUUUGCCUCAAACGUCAAAUGAAUGUGCCCUGAUCUGCGGAUUACAAGUUUAUUGUUUGAUUUAAAUUAUGAAUUUAUUAACGGGAGCUUCGCUUUUAGCCCUGGCUAAAUCUAUAUAUUACAUACAACAAAGUGCCCGAGUGCUGUCCUCAUCGAUGGUGCUCAAUAGUUAACCUAGAGCAGAAUAGAAGUAGGCUGAUGAAACUGGAUUAAAACUUGAACAUUUGUUGCUACCAAGAGUUUCAUGCCUCUUACGAGGCAAUCAUCAGCCAACUGCCAAAAUUGACGGUUGCAAUCAAAGAUAUAGGUAAAACAGAACAGUAAAUACUAGGCGUGGCGCGUGGCGCGUGGCGGGUGGCUCGUCGUGCUGUUUAUAAUUUGCAAACCUGUAAUGUCUGCCCUGGGCAAUAGAAAUGAACUAAUCUCAGGGUGCAGACACUCAAAGAAAUUUCUACUAAACACUGUCCUAACUUGGUUAGUUCUUGUCGCAAAUUUGACAUGUUGUAAGCAUCACUUAAGUACGACUCGCCACGCACCUACGCCACGCCUGGCAUUUAUUGUUUUGUUUACCUGAUGAUUCGCCUCGCAAGAGGCAUGACUCUCUGAGUAGCAAUAAAUGUUCAAGAUAUAAUCCAGUCCCAUCAGUCUACUUCUAUUAUAUACAUAUAUAUAUACAGCUUUAUCAAGAAGCCAAAAUUAACGCAGCCCCCACCCCCAUCAAUAAUUGAACGGUCCACGCCCAAGAACACGUUAAGUGGCACUUUGCUUGUAAUUAAAUUGAUUCAUUACAAGAAAAAAUCCCUAGCUCCUAUUAUAUGCCAGGGGCACCCAACGACGGUUUCCUCCUAAGUGUAUUGAGAACACUUUUUAGGCUAUUCAGAGUACUUUUAGAUCUCUAGAAAUGUAUUCCAAGUGGCGCUAAAAACAUUUUUAUCUGUUUGGUCAUACUAGGGUAACCGUGAGUCUUUUUUCCCGAAAAUUUGCUGCAAUUUAAAGUUUUACGAAAGUGAGGAUUUUUCUGAUUCCUUUCUGUAUCGCAUUUUCGGUUCCGAUAAUUUUAGGUUUCCUUUCUCUACGAAAAAUAGCUUAACCUGGGGUGUGAAAUAGGAAAAAUUAAACUUAAGAAAAUCGUAGGGAAUUUAUUAGAUUAGCUUCGAAAAUUGUACAUGCAUAGAACGGUCAUCUAAUAAAUUUUUAGUCUUCCUCGAGCUAUACAAAAUUCUAGACAAUUUUGCUUCUCCGAACAGAUAUUUCACAGAAAACAGUCUUUAGGUACCGCUGAUAUGCAUUUGGUGACUUUUUUACGUUAUUUAUUUCUUAUUGCCAAAAAGUAAAGUGUCACAAUAAUGAUCUUAACUCAUAAAAAUUCUAUGAAAGAAAAAAAAAAACUGUCCUGCGGACAACUUUUAUCCUUCUAGGGCCCAGUUGUUUAAUAGGUGGAUAGCGCUAUCCACCGUGUAAAUCGCUAUCCACUGGAUAGAGCAAAUGGUUUCCGUAAUACUUAUCAAUUGAAUAGAGAUUCAUCCGAUGGAUAGCCCUACCCAACUUUUGAACAACUGGGGCCUGCUCUUUUACUAGUAUUGUAAAUAAAGUACUGAACGAAAAAGCAGGUCACAUACUUUCAAGGGUUGAUGUCAUGUUAUAAGUUACUUGAGAUUUAUCGUCUUAUACAAGCAUACAACAUACCUUGAAAGUUAAACUUUCAAACUGUAUACGAAAAUCCUGAGAAAACACCUCCACGAACUCGGCCUAGAAACAAUAGGAAUUUUCUAGGCAACUCGGCACACCCCAAUGCAAUGGGGCAAUUUGUCAGUCCCUGGCCAUUUACGGGGAGGUGCGGCAGCAACUGCAUUCUUUCAACAUGUCUGUGAUUGUGUUUAUUAGAGUAGCCUUUGUAUCUUAAGAUUUGAACGACAUUUCAAAAUAUUCGCAGAUGUUUUCACAUUGAAUUUUGAGAGUACUUCUUGGUUGGUCUGCUCGCAGAUAUCAUGGCCAUCGUACCUGAUUGGAUGUAUUACGCUCAUCUUGUUGAAAAUAUCUUCGACCUCCUUGUCUCUACGUUCGUCAAUAAGAAACGCAAUUUCUUCUCGCAAGAGCACUGAGAGCAGAUCUCCUUCGUCACAAAUUUUAACAUUCUCGGCUUUGGUCAGCCCUUUUUUUCAGUCCUGCUGAUUGCAGACAGUCUGGAAAAGAAUGAUUGAACUUGUCCCUUUGUAAGCCAUUCGUCUGUGGAACGUUCUUGAACUACCUGUGUUUCUGGUCGUUCUCAUGUCCGUUGCGACCUCAGAAAGAUCUGGUUUCCUGCCUGUUUGAGUAUCAACAUCAAAUCGUGCGGUGAGGUAAGACUUGACUUUCUCGCUAAACCUUGUCCCGCCUCCCCUUAACUUCUGCAGCCGCCCAUCCGCUAGCCUCGAAUUUGCAGACACUACUAGGAGAUUUUGGAAGUUUCUCAGUUGGCGGCAAUUUUUACAGUCUGACCCCGACACUCUGUCACUUUUCACGGCACAAGUCUGUUUUCCCUUAUGGUCUGGAUAUCCUCAUUCUGUGCGGCCAGUUGGAUUACCCCAGUCCUUCCCAAGUUCGCACGAUGUAUCAGACAUACAAACAUUUUUUCACCUUGUUGGGCAGUUUUACCUAAAUACCCAGCCCGCUGCAAAGUAAGUUCGUUCUCUGUAAUAUUUUCUUUCGCUAAGUGACAUCGCCUCGAAUGAGCCGUAAUAACGCUCACCUGUUACAUUGACUAAGAGGCACCAACUUGCUUGCUCCUUUAAACUCUCCAAAUCCGCUUUCAUUGCGUGGCAACAAUCCUAAUUAGCAUAUGACCAUGAAGAAAACCCAAAAGGAAAUUGAGCUGAAUUCAGUCUUUAUUAAAGAGCCUUUUAGUUGCUGAGACUCCAAACUCAAAAAGGGCUUCGUUUGAGCAGACGUGAAUUGUAUUCUUUAAGAUUUUGAAAAUUGGUGAAAUCGACAACCCGGUGUAAAUGACCUUUUUUAAAAAUAUAAAAAUUUGCAUAAUAUACGAGCAGAUGAAGAAUUCCUACAUGUAUUUUAUGGCAUUUUAUGUCGGUUUACAGGCCUAAGAUGACCUUCAAAACUACAAAAGUGAGUUAUUUUGACGAAGCAUACCACGAUUCUGCCCCGUGGGAAAAAUAUCAGCCUUAUCAUGUGAGUUAAAGUGUAGGCGCCAAACGUGCAAUUUUAGGUAAAUAUUGACAAAAGGAGCUCUCAAAAACGCUUGUUCGCGUCCGACGCAGAAAGAUACCUGCACCUUUGACUUUAUUUUCUAACAGAAUAAGGUGAGAUCUUUUCUGUGAAGUGCAUUUUACCUGCGAUUUUUGAACCGCUUUGGAGAUUUUAGCUUUUACUUUGGAGGAAUUUGUCAGGGGAGAGAAAAAACCGCAAAGUGGCUCGUCUUUGAUCUUAUUAAUUUACUUUAAUUUUGCGUCAAAUUAUCCAAGAUUGCGUCAUAGGACGAGUCAAGUGCAGCUAAAUCCAUUGUACUAUGUAGAAUUUCGCGAUAUUUAUCCGUUACGAAGAAGCGCGGCUUUUAAAAUUACUGAAUUUUGGCCAUUGAAUAAAGUUGAAAAAGCGCUCUCAGACAGCAAAGAAGUUAUGUGCUGUAGCGAAGCACAGAAAAAGAUUUUGAAAAAAAUUAGCUCGAUUUCAAUCAUUCCUCAUUAAGUCCUUUUCACCCACAAAAAAUAAAGGGAAGGUUUACUGGCGAUCCCAAACUCGCCGGACCGCUCUUAGGUGGACAGCCACUUAUUAGUUAUUUUUUCACUACGUCAUCGAGAACAAAGUAAUAUUUUGCUUUAAAACAAGUCUGUUGACUAAAGGGGUAACUUGUCUUGAUUGAUUUAGAUUUGCCAUCUGCUCCAAUUCUUACGACUAUUCCAAGGAACACCACAGUGCUCCGUGGUAAAAUACUGUCAAUAAUAUGCCGUGCAGAUGCCAACCCUGCUGCCCACGAGUAUCAGUACUAUGUCAAUGACAUCCUAAUUGGUAACAGCAGUGACGGCGUUUUGAAUAUUACUGUCAAUGUAGAUGGAAGUUACACUUGUCUUCCUAUCAAUUCACUGGGCUCGGGACACAAUACCACUGUCAACGUCACUGUAGUUGGUAAGUCAGUAAUAAAGUGAUGCAUAUGGUUUCUUUUCGUACUAAAUUUCCAGCAAGAAUUCGAGAACUGCUCUACUCAAUGGACAAUUUUUUUCGUAGAAACCGCGUCAAUAGAAAUCAAGACAACAACAGAUUUUGUUGUGGAAAGGAACAACAUCUCAUUAUUUUGUAAUUCGUCUGGCAAACCUAAGCCAAGCAUAACGUGGACCAGAGUUGGCAGUUCCGAGGUACUAUCAAAAACAUCAAUACUCACGGUGGUGAAUGUAAGCAGACCAGUAACACCUGAUAAUGUGAUCCAGUAUCAGUGCUCAGGAGAUAAUGGAGUGGGAAUUCCCGCUAUGGCUGUUGCAAACAUUACUGUGCUUUGUAAGUAUGUACUAUUAGUACCUGUAUUAUCAUUUAUAUUAGAUAGCUGGUGGUUAAUCCGAUAUAGUCAGAAUUGUUAACUUCAAGAGCCAUAAUGGGACAGAGACGGAAACGCCUAGUCUAGCACUUACGAUAUGUGAAUUUCACCAAAGUUAUUUUUAGACCAAUUAAACGCUUGAAUUAAUUGGAAAUUGGUUUCCCAGGAGGUCCGCAAACUUUUAUUCAGGGCUGUCAAGAAUUAAUGGCGUCCCGCGUGGAGGUGCUUUUCAGCCACGAAAGUGAUUUUGUAAGCAAAGGAAUUGGUUUUAGCUUGAGAGAUUGUUCAGAUUGGGAGCUAGAUUCCACGAUUUCUUGGGGUUGACUGAUUUGCUAGAUGAUAUAUCAAUUUAUUAGGAGGAACUGAAGUCCGCGGACAGCGAUCCUAAUCACGAAAAUUUAAAUUUUUGGUACUGGAACCUCGGCAGGAAGAAAAAACAACAGCAAAAGGCAAACAGAGGAUAGGGAACAAUUGUCGCACAAAACAAUCAAAGCAGCCAUACGUCAAUUCUAGUGAAGCGCCGUCGACGCACAAUUCGAACAAAAACGCUAAAAUGCAAGCAAAUCACAGCAGAAAUCAAAACACGAAAGCGGAAGAGGUGCUAUUAAAAGGACUACAAAUUGAACUUCGUCCCAUGUGAUCGAACUUCGUAUCAGAACAGCUCAAGACUAACAAUAGUUCAUGACAAAUUUGGAAACCAAUUGAAAGCUAAUGGCUAACCGAAGAAAUACUCGACGCUCAGAACAUUGUAUCUGGAACUUGUUUCUUCAGUUGCAGAGGAGGCAAAAAAAAACCCGUCAACUUCAUUGGACAUUCGAGGUUGUGGGCUUAGCGUGUCAAAACAUUGCAGGAAACCACCACAUUCUCAUACAAAACAAAAUCUCUUUUAGUUAUAUUCAGAUCCAGGAGUCACUUUGGAGAAAAUUAAAAAACCUAAAACCCUUAUUUAGCCGCAACAAAAAGCGUUAAGUUUGCAUCAGGGGGCCAAUCCUGCCGACCCGAAACUCACAGAACCCACAGAAAAUCAAUAUGCGUGUCGUGACCUAUCAGUCUGAGACAAGCGGCAAAAAUCACAUUUGUUAAAUCAAAACUUAGAACCGGCUCCAGCGCAUAAUCUACCCGCCAGAAGGAAAAAACAUAUUGGAACAAGCACCAUUAUUUUAAGCAUUUUAGUUAAUUCUUUGACUUUCGUCAGUUUCUUUUCAUAAGCGGACUUCUUCUCACGCCGUUCUAAAGAGGGAAACAGAAUGAGUCCUCUUCGGACAAAUCAUCGCUUAUCCUACGCUUGCGAGUAGGAACGCUAACUUCAAUUUCUUGAACUGAAAUGCCCCAUCAGGCUCAUUUAAAAUAUUGAUGCCGAAAUCUAGACGCCUGUAAAUCUCACUUAAAAAGGUCUUGUUCAAUAUUCAACAGUUGCCAUUACAAUAUUCUGCACUGUUUGCUCUGAGGCAGUCGCGAGUCGACUUGAUGACGUUUCAAACGAUCAAUUAAAAUAACUUUUGUGAAAUUCACAUAUCUCGGCCAACGCCUUAAGAUUCCCUCUUUGUCCCAUUAUGGCUCUUGUUAACUUUUAAUUUUUAAAUCUGUCCAAUUAAGGAUUAAUUUGGAUAGUUUCAUAUAGGCUUUCCUUUCUAAAAGGCAAACUGUCGAAUUUAAGAAAGAUAGGACAGCUGGUCUGGCCCAAUCAAAUGCAACAAAAUACAAUAGCCAAUACACACUAGCCAAUCAGCGUAAGGUUUCUGUGACAGCUCGACAAAAACUUCUCGUUGGCUGACGGUGGUUCGUCGGCAAAGACUCUUGCUCUUACUGGCUGUGAAACAAUUGUAUGUUUAAUUGCAGAAAGUCUGCGGAAAUCGUUUGAGGUGAUCCUAGAAUAAACAUUUUUUUCAAUCUUUUCAACUACAAACGGUUCAGUGUGCAAUGUUAUUUCUGUGAUACGCUAACAAGUGUGGAUUAACUAACCAGCUGUAUAACUGAUAAGUAAGAGGACUAAAAGCUUUUCCAGUUUGGAAAUAGUUGGAUUCGAAAAAUUACUCUGAAAGCUAAAUUGCAGUUGGCCUACGGCCUCGUCUAGUUUUGAGCGUCCUCGGGAUAUCUUUUAUCCAAUUAUUUCCAAAUUGGACAGCAUGUAGUCCUGUUACAUAUACUAAUACAUUAAUCUGUAACACUUUAUUGACAAGAAAAUGAAGGUCUCUUUACUUUACUAAGAAAAGCUUAUGAAGGAAAAUGUAGCUAAAUAAAACGUUUGGUAUAUUUUGAAACAGGCAAUCGUUCAUUCUGAAAUAUAAAUAUAUUUUAUACCUUUUACGCCCUGUCGCGCUGAUUCUAUAAAGAUAUACGAAUGUGUGUAAUGCACUUGUACGCUAAUGAUGUUUUAAUUGAACAGACAAUGGUUUCUAUUUUUGCCAUGUGUCAAUCAUUAGCUGAUGACAGCAACACCUAUAACCAGUUAUCAAUUAACUGUUUCUGAUUUAUUGUAUUCAUUUAUUUAUUUUUUUUAUUAUUUUUUACAAAUAACGCAUCAAACAAGAUACAAAAUUCUUUACGCAGAAUGCAAGCACCAAGGGGUGGGUUGAGAAACGUGGCACAGCACACGUUUCCUACCGAAUUCAAGUUUUGAAAAAAAUUUAAGUCAAACCUCACAAAAAUUCUUUAUUAUUUGAUGUCCCAUAACAGAACCUCCUUAAUUCAAGGUGGAGAUGUUUUUGUGUUUUUCUCUAUCAAUCAUGAAUGAGUUUAAAAGCUACAAUGUUAUAUUACUUUAUACAAGUUUGCAUAAUAGUAAACAAAAAUGCUACAUACGUUACAACUAUCCAUCAAAGGACUGGAAAACAUAUUAAGAAAGAACAAACAUAAAUUCAAAUAGAUCGCAUUAAAAGGUUUGUAGCCAUUUCAGAAAAGCAUGGCCGCUAAGGUUGUUCACUUGAUGUGAUGAUUUCACGUGACGGGGACCUCAAAGUCAUACAUGUACAUGUAAUUCUAAAUGGCCGCUAUUCUGGAUCUGUUAUCUUGGAUUUAAGUUAGUACAACUUGACAAAAUCAAUAAAGGAACCAUUUUUUUUUUACUUUGGCAACCAGUUAUACCGGAACAUCGAGUUUUUUUUCGUUUCAGCAGCAAUGUCACCCAAAUAAUCAUGCAUCUGCUGCUCCAUGUCUCUUGUUACUAUGGUUUAGUAGGUUGUGCUACUAAACUGGCUUAAUCAUUGAUUCAUCCACAACCGGCGACAAAAUUGUCGAGGCACUGUCCGUAAAUGCAGCUGCUUCAGAGAAGAAAAGAAUCCACCCUCUCCCCCUUCCCCUCAAUUCAAAGUUGGGGUGUUGGAAAAACACUAGAAACGCCAUUAAUGGCAGCGUCUCAACUAGUUUUGAAGCCAAUUACAGCUACAUCAAUGGAUUAAAAGAUAUUGUACCGUUGUAACUGCAGAUCAAUGUCCAUUGUAAGUUAUAUUCCUGUCUUUAAAUGUUAAAGUUUGCAUGUAGACAAAAAAUUAUUGCCAUACGUAAGGGUCCAAAUUCUCUUGCCCCCAAUAAUUUUGUUUGUUUUUGGUUUCUCUUUUUUUUAGAGACAAUUUCGCAUUGUAAAUGAGUUCGCAUGCUGGCGAAACACGAGCUAGCAUCUACCCGGGUCAUACAUAUGAAAGUAAAUAGCUUAAUUCUACUUAAUGCAUCUAAUUUUAGACAUCAGGCGCAAAUGUCAAUUAUGACAAUUGUCCCCUAUCUAAAUUUCGAGAUUUCAGUAGCACAAUUAAAAUAAAUGCCUAACAAGCUCGCAGCCGUUAGAACCUUCGAGAAAUGUUCUUACACUGCAUUCAUUUUAACUUUUGCUGCCAGAUCCUCCAGAAAUUACAAAGCCACAGGCAACUACUUGGAAAGUAGCAGCUGGUACAAGCAUCAACAUAGAAUGCCUAGCAAAUGGAAAUCCAGUUCCACAGUACAUUUGGACAAAUUCAGUAAGCGGCGUCUUUACCACCGACAGAUAUCUAAUUCUUCAAGAUAUAAAUGAUAGCAAAGGUGGAAUAUAUACAUGUACGGCAAUAAAUAGCCUGGGAUCUGCCAACUUCCUUAUCUUGGUUAAAGUUACAAGUAAGUUUCCCUUCGACUAAUGUGUUUUUAAGAUUGAGAAGCCCCAUUUGGAACUUAACGUGUGAAUAACGGCUGAUCUUAUGACCGAUAAACAGGAAUUCGUCUUCCUCCUCAAUAAAGCUUUGCCUAUCAUGAUCAAACCUACAUUAUCGCUUCUUUCAGAAAUUUUUGGAUUUGGCAUUUCCAUCGAACUUCGAUCACUCUGUUGCAGAGAAUGUUACAUCCGUAACCUACAAUGUUCACAAACAUUACCCUAGAGGCCUAUAACAACUCACUGAUUUCUGUGUUCUGAAAUUAUUCCUAGGAGAUGAAUUUCAACUCUUACUGACGAUAGCAGAGGAGAACGGGGUUGAAACUGUCUUUCAACCUGACUACGAAAACUUGAACAGUGAGCCUGCGAAGGCUUUCGUGGAAUCAUUUACGAAUUCGGUAUUUUGGUUUUUCUAUUUUAACCUAUUUUAGCUUGUAUAAUUAAAAAGUAUAUUCUUCUUCACUAACUAAGGGCAACUUCCUGUUUUUCAUUGGCGAAUAGAAAAUACAUUACAAUUCUGUAAUCCCUCACAUUUUAUAGCACUGACUUCUCCACCGCGCUUCUCGAAGAUUGCAUUUCUCUAUUAAGCCUUUUUAUUUCAUCGAUCGUUUUGAGGAUUAAAUCCCAUGCAUGUCUUUCUCUUUGCAUUUUGCAAGAAACAUCCCUUCAAAACGGGUCGCUUAUGUCUCUCGUAUGUGGAAAAAUUUACUUCUUUUUUCACUCCAAAUUACUCUGAAAGUUAUGCGAUUAACAAAGACGCACGGUAUCUAAAAGAAAAAAAAACGUUCGCAGCACCCCAUUAUCAUACAAUACAAUAAAAUAUGCAUAAUAUAUAUUCUUAGUAAUGAGUAGAAAAAUUUCCCAGAUAAUUUUUUUAACAAUUAUUGGCACCUUAGUUAAUGGGGAAAUAACUGGUAGUUCUUUAUCUCUUCCAGGUAAAGAGAAUCUACCAAAAUAAAACAAGCUUCGAAAUGGUCAAAGUGACUGCCUUAAGGUUUGUAAAAAGCGAUUUCAUUCAUUUUUUCUUGUCAUAAAUUGGGAAUGAUAGUCAAUGUUUUUUUUUUCAGGAGAGGCAGUGUAAUUGUGUCUUUCGCGCUUUUCUUUAAAACGCCCCUUGCAACAGAUGACGGACUUUUUGAACUGAGGACUGCUAUGGAUAAGGGGAUCAUUGGUCCAUACACAGUGAGAGAUCUAAAAAUCGUUGAAGGCCCGGCUACCAAAAAUGCAUCUUCUGUUGCACCUACACUAUCUGCAGAGACGUCCACUCCAACUCCUUCUAUAACGCAACCUAAAACUACGGGUGAGUAUCAUUGUUUAUAGAUUAUCACCAUUAAAAAAAAAAGAAAAAAAGAAAAAAGAAAACCAUAGGGUUUAUAUUCUCACUGUGCAAGUUGUGGAACUGCAUGGAGAAUGAUUUGAUUCUUACUGAACAGUAUAAUUAGGCAUGGAUUAUUGCAAAUUACCACAUGUAGGACUAAGUCCGUGUUUGAAGUUAAAAAAUAUUCACUUGCUUAAAAAUGCCGUAAAAUUGAUUGUUUAAAGAGUGGUUGUAAAUCUGAAAACAAAGUUCUUCUUAUUUACACGUACAUACAUGCAAACGUUGUUCUUCAAUUUAGCAAUCGCUUAUAUGCAGACCGAGCUUUUUUUUUGUCUUCUUGCGACAGGGGGUGGGGUUUUCUCGAAAGCCCCUCUCUAUAACUUUAGAACCGCUCAUGAUAUGGCCACCACAAUGACGCAGACUAAUGUACUCAUUGAGACAUUGACGUACUAUGACGUCAUUAUAAAGUCAUAUUGCUGAAUUUAUAGAGAGAAUAAGAAGAAAUGCCGAGGGAAGCUUGAGUGUCUGAUCUUCGAAAUGCUUAUCAUCAGAAACAAAAGACCUACAUUAAACACUCAAUCGGACUCCAUCCGGGCGAAACUUUUUAUAAUUAUUUAAUUGCUAGUUUGCUCCAUUUUCACGCCUCAAUUUAACUUUACAUAUUUCUGACACUUUCUUUUUUCUGUAUAUAUAUCACCAAUUCAUGCUAAUUUUCUUUGCAUUUGAUAAUGAUGACAUGGAGUCAUCGAAACGUCGUGUUGCUUUUUUUGCGUUGAUUUUUCUUUUAAAUAGAAUAAAAAUUUCAUCAAUUUAUUCGGCUAACUCAAUGUUGUACCUAGUUCAAAUCUCCCAAGGUUAAAAUUCUUUGUGUAUUGUAUUUGCAUUAUAAUAUGGCAUUCACAUUUAAAUGAUAUGGAAAUUCCUAAAACAAAACGUUUUAUUCCCAAAGGGUUUGAAUUGGGUUAAACAUUGAUUUAGCCGAAUAGGUCUAUUUGUUAUUAAAGAAGGAUCUGGAACCGUCCGCCAUGUUGGAUCCGCCAUUUUGAAUUUAUGUAAAUGUAUUCAAUUUUACUUAUAAACGCAUAAAUCAAAGUAGUCGUCAUAGAGAAAUUGAUCUGUGUAUAAAAGAAUGCUUAGGAAGUGGAAAAAAAAAGUUCGCAAGUUGAAAUUCCUAGAGAAAUUAACAGCGGUUUAAUGCUCUUAACCCAUAACCCCUUAGAUAAAGCAAGUAACUAGACCAGAAUUAUUAUGGGGAAAAAGGGGUAAGGGAUGAAGUACUCCAAAUAUGGACAGCAGGUCACUUUUCUCUACAUAUUGGUGUAACAGUCUGAAAUCUACAAGGGAAGAGGUAAAAAUCCUCUCUAGAGGGUGAUAAUCCCCCAGGAUAGUGAGAGGUGAUAAUCCUCUCUUGGGGGUGAUAAUCCCCCAGGAUAGUGAGAAGCUAGGUGAUAAUCCUCUCUAGGGCUUGAUAAUCCCCCAAGGUUGUGAGUGGAGGUGAUAAUCCCCCUUGGGUACUGGAGAGGUGGAAAGACCUCUCUAGAUGUCUAAUUCCCCGGUUAAAGGAGUAACAAGAGUCUAUGGGGCAAAGUGUGACCUGUAUGGGAGCACUUCAUCCCGAACCCAUGUUUAUUAAUUGCCAACGACUCUCAAUACAGAUAUCAUCACUAAUUUAAGCUAGGAUUGCGUGCCUGCUGCCCGUCAGGAAAAACCCUCACUUAUUUUUGAGGGAAACCUGAACCCUCCCGAAAGCAGAGCCAGACACUUAACAUGAACCUCGAGGGAGAGGUUAGACGAAAAUGUAUUAAUAGAAGUUGUAAGUAAAUGACAAUUAAACUUUUAUCAACUUAAUAAUCAAAAUAAGGCCUAAAGUAACUAAGUGCACAAGCAUGUUACGAUGCCGGGUACGAUGAUUCCCCUCAGUAGAAAACCCACCUCUUUUCUGCCAUAUCUUCUUGAUAAUUGCCAAUUGAUUCAAAGUGUAAACAACAAAGAUCAGUAGUUCGUAUGACUGCAAAAAGUAUAAGCAGCUUCUUAAAUUUUUCAACAAGAGAAAAGACCUCAUACAUAAAACCUUAAGAAAACUAGCAGAGAGAAUCAAGCAGUAAUAAGGGAGGGUGGGAUGGGAUUUUGUUCCACGAAGAGAAGAAUAUGAAGUGCUAUUUUGCUGAGCUAGGCGCGAAAAUAUAGGCAUCAACUGUACAUGUGAUAGCUGGCAUCUAAUUAGCUGAGCGAAACAAUUAGUGUGACAGGGGUCACAUGCAGGAAGUGACCCCUGAAAGGAAGUGAGCUGAUUCCACUAGUGGUAAGGGCGGGUUUAUGGUUAUCACAUUAACUCCAAUUUAUCCUGUUGUAUAAAUUAGCUUAAAAACUGAACCCAGCAUCUGCCAUUUGGUCAUUUAUAAUUCAUAUUUUCUCUCAAAUAAGUCACUAGAAAGUUUGGAUGACACUAAAAGUUAUAAUAAAUUUGAUAAAUAUUGCUAAAUUACGUUUAAGGCUAUAAUUGAAUAAGUAAAAACAUAAAUAACCCCUUUUUGUAGGAAAAAGCAAAUUUUGAAAAACAUGGCUGCCAAAAACCGGCUGCCAUGGUAAGGUCAAUGUUGACGUACACAUGACGAUGACUUUAAACUGUUCUGAGAUACUUUUUGGGAAAAUUCAGUGAGUUUGGUGGUCAUAGCUUAAACGGUUUUGAAGUUAUUAAGCUAUAAGCGAAAGGGGCCUCAAAAGCCGCCCAGCACCAUCUGAAUAUAGUUAAAAGAAAUCCAAUUUACUUUAACGUGGUUGAACACAGUUUUGUGGGCGGUCAGCGGCAACUCGCGUGACGGCGCGUGUUUUAAAUCAGACAAACAAACAUGGCGGUGAAAAAGCUAUGGUACUCAGAAGACAAUUUCGCAAAAUCUACUCAUUAAAAUUUUGUAAUAUUUAGCCGAAUUAUUACUUUUAUCGUAUUUAAAAAAUGAGAAAAUAAAAAUGGAUGUUGAACAGACGAAUUUUGUGACACAUUUAAUAAUUACAAUACAAUUAUAUUAUUGAUUAUCUAAAAACCCAUCUUUUAAAAUUUGGUCACAUAAGUUUCAAAUGGUAAUGAUUAUCUAUAGUAAGCUGUGUGCAAGUUUAUAGGAAAAUCUAAUGAGCGAAUGUUAUGUAAACUGGGUAAAAGUGAAAUUUUAAGAUUGUAUUCAAUUGCUCAUGUUGCCAUGGAAACUAGGAAAACGUAAAAUUGUACCUGUCGUUCAAAAUCUGUCAUCAGUAUAUUUGUCACUUGCCAACUUUCAGCUUGUGAGCUACAACCUUUCUCUUAAUUGCCAUGAUUUGGCAAAUGACAUAUACUCACAAACUGCCAAAACUCUGUUCAGCCACCUCAGUAUCACUCCUAGAGCUUCCAAAACGACUGGUAUUACUUUUGUCUUCUCCUUCCAAAGGUUAGAUAUUUCCCGAGCUAAGUCUUAAUAUUUUUCCUGUUUCUCUUUUUCUUUAAUUUCCUUUCAACGUUAAGUUACUGUUGCCAGGUACCGCAAUGUCUAUGAUGAAAACUUUUUUGUUCUUAUCAUGGACAGUUAUGUCAGGCCUACGGUGAUUUAUCUCACUAUCGGUUUGUAUGGUAAAAUCUCAUGAUAACGUUCGUAACACUUGCUACCAUAUGGGCGAUCAUAAAAUUUUCAAAGUUCCCAAUGACCAACCAACCCGGGCCAAUGUGUCGUGUUUUGUAAUCUCUUUGGGCAAGCUUCCUGUAGCCACAUACUACGUGUUCUACGUUCCCCUGGCAUUUUCCACACAUUCUGUCCAAUGCUGACAGGCUCUGAUAUUCGAUAUUUGCCUUAAUCACAUGUGCCCUCAAUGCCUGAUCUUGCGCUGCAGUAAUUAGGCUUUCAGUCUCUUUCUUAAGGUCUCCCACUCUCAGCCAGGUCCAGGAUUCACUACCAGCCACCUUUUUUGUCUGUCAUAUGUAUUGCCCAUGGGGCUCUUUGACCAGUCCUUCACUCUUUCCUCGUGCUUUCUUCUCUAACUUAUAGUCAUCAGGAUGUUCCAAUUCACUCCGGUUUCUCCCUCUCCAUGCAGCCUUCAGUAGCCUUUCUUCACAAUUUUGACUAAGAUAGUCGACAAGACUAAGUUCCUCCAGCGUAACAUAAUCGUCCAAGCUGAUCAGCCCUCGUCUUCCUUCUUUACGACUGAUCGCAUGAGGUAUAGGCGGCUACCAUCUGCUCUUGCGUGGAGAGCGUCUUGUAUAAUAAGCAAUUUUCUGGUCUUUCGAUCAAGAUUCAUUAGCUCAACCUUAGUCCACCUAACCACCCCACCACUGUAGCGCAACAGCGACACAGCCCACGAGUUGAUAACUCUCACCAUGUUCCCGCCAUUGAGUUUUGACCUGAUAACUUUCUUUACUCUUCUCACGUACUCCUUACUUAGCCUAUCCUUCACUGACUCGUCUUUAAAAUCAUCCAACUCCAAAACUCCUAGGUACUUGUAUCCGUUAUCACUUUUUCCAAUGCUUGUAGCCUCCUUCCAACUGGAAGUUUUAUCCCCACACGUUUUACCGUCUUACCCCUCUUCAUCACAUCACCACAAACAUAGCACAUUUAUUAACACGAAAGUCUAUUCCAACAUCAUUGGUAAAUAUUCUGACGGUCUGCACAAGAGAGGUCAAUUUUUCUUUCAUCACUUCCAUACAAUUUCACAUCAUCCAUUAACAAUAAAUGAUUAAUUUUUCCCUCUUCCUUGCUGAGUUAGUUUCCAGCGGAUGCCUCGCGUAAGAGACAUAUGAGAGGGAACAUCGCGAUUAUAACAGCAGUGGAGAAAGGGAAUCACCCUGAAAAAUUCCUCUCUUGAUUGCUACUUCAUGAUUUGGUUCAUUAUUAGCUGUCAGUUGAGAAACCACAUCUUCAUGCUCUCCUUAAGAAUCAAAUUGAUGUUUCAGUAGCCCCUACCAUUUCUAGUGUCUCCAUCAUACAAGAAUAAGGAACUGAGUCAUAUGCCUUUUUAUGAUCUAGCCAAGCCAUAGCAAGAUUGGUUCGUCUUUUCUUAGAGUACUGUAGUACUGCUUUGUCUAUCAUUAGUUGAUCCUUGGUUCCCCUAUUGUUAAGUUCUUACGACAUCCCUCUUGUUCGUUUAUGGGAAUAAAUACCUUCGUUCUAAGUGGUCAUAGAGUUCUUCCGCUAUUAUCCCUUUGAGCAGCUUUCACAUUAGGGGUAAGCAUAUAUUUGGGCGGUAGUUCCCUGCUAAAUUUCCCUUAUCCGGUUCCUUGAUCACCAAUACAGUUCGGCCUAGUACUAUCCACUCAGGCACCUGCCCCUCAUCAACACAGUCCUUCAAUUGUCUAGCUAUUUUUCCAUGCAUGAGCUUCAGAUUUAUCAGCCAGAAUGCUUGCCAGAAUGCUUGCAAUGCUUAUCUAGUCCGAGGGCUUUCCAGUUGGGUAAUUUUUCAACUGCCUCUUUGUCUGGUUUACAGUUAUUAUUAAAUCCUCUUGAACCUCCACCUAUUGGUCUUUUGCAAACCCUUUAACCAUAAUGCUUCCUUAUUGUGUUCAACUGAGUUAGCCCAAAGCUCCCUCCAGAAGAACUUACUUUCCUCUGCAUUAUUAUUAUUAUUGACAUUAUUGUUUUGUUAAUUUAACAGAGUGCAAUUGCUCCUGUUAUCACGAAAUUCUUGGAGCAGUUGUUGGUUUCCUUGUGUUGGUCAUUGUUAUCCUUUUAAUUUACAUCGUUACGAGGCGAAACAGAGGUGAAUUAAACUAAUUAUGAAAUUUUAGUUCCCACUGGUAAUAAUUUUAACUGCAACUGUUUCUUUCUUUUUUUUAAAUAAUAAUUGUCUAAGCUUUAACUUUUUUUUUUUUUUUCAUAGGAGAGGGAGAAAAGAAACGGUAAGAUCGCCUUAUAUUAUAGAUGAAAUAUAAAGCUUUGGCUAUAUGAACGCACCCUGAUUUACACUGUAUUUGAGAGGACAUUUAAUUAAUUGUUUUGUCCUUUAAUCGGACGAGUGACCAAUCGAAUUCAUGCAUUUAUAACGAAUGCUAAACUAUUUAUUCCUAUUCAAAGUAGAUUGUAACAAUUAUUUCAUUUUGAUUGUGCUUUUCUCUUUCAUACUGAGAGUUCAGACCGGCUUUUUUUUUUGGGCUCGCUGCGACCGGAGAAAGCUCUGGAGCCCCCGCUUUAACUCAAGAUACGGCCCCAAAAAUUACACAGAGUAAUGUACUCAUUAUUUCCAACAUUUACGCAUAACUUGAUUGGCUCUAUGAUGUAAUUUUACGUCAUUAUGGCGUCAUAUUUUUGAAUUUAUUGGAAAAAUUGAAAUUCCAUCAAUUUUCCUGUCAUGCGAAAACUGCUUAAACAGUAAGGUGUCUGACAAAAUUAAUAAUCUUUAACAACAGCAGUGAUGUCAUGAUGACAUCAACCAUCUUGGAUCCACCAUUUUGAAAUAAUUAAAUAUUUUCAAUUUUACUUAACCCUCGGACGUCCAAAAAAAGCAAAUUCAUACCCCCGCCGUGGUACAAGGGGGAGGGGGUUGAUGGAGCCCCCCAUAGAGUUUUUGCCUUUAAUGGAAAGCCAUUGAUCUUCCCAACAAGAUGAGGUAUAUUUUAUGGGCGGUGGCGCUACUGGAGGUCUGUGACGUCACAAACAAUGGUCACCAUCUUGGCCGUCACCUUGGAUUUUACCAAGAGUUAGAAAUCAGGCUAAAAACGCAAGAAAUGGUAAAUUUUUAUGCUUGACAUGUAAAAGAACACAUAAAUAAGAACUUUGCAUCAUUUUAUCCACAAUCUUUACUAUUAUUGUUGAACGCAGUUGAGAAAACAUGCAUUUUUACUAAAAAAUGGCUUGACCACCUACUACGUAUGACGUCAAAUCUCGUAACCAUAGUAACUGACUAUUACUAAACUUGUCUCAAAAUGCGUGCGGAUGAUAAACGAACAGCUACUGAAAACGUCAGGUUAAGAAAAGUCGCCAAGUUUGGUGUUGAUGGCUUAAACACUUUAACUUUUAGCACCCACCCCCCGGUCUGGAUAGAGUUAAAUGUUAAUGGCAGUCUUAACUCUAGGCCGUUAAGUAAGAAUUAAGAACCACUAAGUUUUACUUAACAAAAGAUACGUGUGUGAAGGUCUAAGUAAAAUCUCAAUUUCUUUUACUUUGCAUCUCAUUUAAGUCGGAAAAACGAUUCAAGAAAAGUUCAAGUGACUUGAAAACCAUCCUUGAGACCGUCGACUUUGCGAACUUGUAGUUUCUUGAGCUUUGAAAAAAGGCGAAGCAAGCCAAUCAAUCUAAAUAAUGUUGCAUUGGAAACUAGCCUUAAGUUAACCUGAAGUAAUAACGAUAGGUUGUGUGUGAAGCUUCCUUUUACUUGAAGAAUUUAAAGUUUACUUGUCUUGAAAUAUUUAUUAGCUUAUUUAGGCUCUAGUGUAAAGACUACCAUUGUCUCGGUCAAUUUAAAAAUACAGUCGACUCCCGAUAACUCGAACCCUCGCUAACUCGAGCCUUGCGCUAACUCGAACCAAAAUCUAUUUCCCCUGGAUUUCCGUCAUUCACUCACUGUAAUUUCACCCUCGGUAACUCGAACCCUCGAUAACUCGAACUCCCGCUAACUCGAACCAAUUUUCGUUUCCCCUCAGGUCAUUUUCCGUAUAAUUUUACCUUCAAUAACUCGAACCAUGUUUUGAGCCCUUAAAAGGUUGGGAAAAAAGCCGUCUACUGGCGUCCGAAACUUUUAAUCUUGGAUUUCCUAUUGACGUGCAGUAGGAGUAUAGUUUACUAGUGGAGGCUGACGUUGAUUGUCACAGGCUAACGUGAAGCAGCUUUUCUUCUCAAAACAGUAAAACCCAUGCUCUAUUUAGGCUAUGUUUUGUUACGUUACGUUCUGAUUUAUAAUCUAGAAGUAUAUCUUUUAAUUUUCACUUGACAUUUCUACAAUUAAUGUGAUUAACAUGUUCACUGUGCAGUAAAAACUGUUUUUUACCUUACUCGCGGCUAUUUUUUUCGAACUCCUUUUUCGAUUUCCCUAGAAGGUUCGAGUUAUCGGGAGUCGACUGUAGUCCUAAGCCGAUACCAAUUAUCGUUUCCUUUCAGUUGUCAGCUGCCUUUUUGCAUCAGUUUAUGUCGUUUAGAAAUUCUACCUUAUUUAGUCCACUUUUUAUAGUUAAUCUAAGUAGAUCGUAUUCUUUCGUAUUCUUUUGCUUCCAAUUGGAACCUACGUGUACCACUACCAAAAACGACUACGUAGCAACUAACAUCGCUACUACAUUGAAUUGUUAUACACGCAAACGCUGUUGUAAUGAACUCUAAGGAUCUAUCGUUAAAUCUGCUUUAAAUCUAUCACGUGAAUUCGAAUCAUCUAUUGCUUCACAACGUGUAACCCCUGUAACUUGUUGAGAUUUGAGUAUACUCAGCAGUUACAAGCCUAAUUUCUCAAGGGAUGACUGUUAAUCCCACAAGAGAAAUUGAAAACAAAGCUUAUGCUUUAUUUUUUUUGGGAAAGCAAAUUGCAUUAUGUUGCUCAUGAAAGUCGCAAAUUGAAUAAGCUAUAUAUCAUUAUUAUUUAUUCAAAAUAUUUCCCCGAUUCUGUUUGGCUAAAAGCACACGCAUAAUUUACCAUAACCAGCUACUGAUGACCAAAUUUGGAAGAAUUUUGCGAUUAAUCUACCGAUGACGUCAAAAGUGCAGCUUCCUUGCAGGUUAAUGCACCGUUAACGGAGAAGACCUCGGGACAAGGUUGAGUUGUUUUGGUUGUAAAAACAAAAAUGGCGGACAUUUCGCUCGUUUCAAGAGUAAGAACUAGGCGAAAUAAUAGCUAAAAACGUGACAAGAACAGCAAGAAGACAACUCAAAGGGCGACAUCUGCUAUUUGGAGAAUAUUUGCGGUACUGAACAACCCAAAACGUGCACUAUCUAAGAUGAACUUAACGUCGAUGGAGGUAAGCAUGUUUUAGCUAUGUUCUUAAACUAGGGAUUAUUUUGAAUGGAUAAUAAAACAAUUAUUGAAUUCGGCUUUCGUAUCGUAUGAAGAAUUAUGGAGAUCUCGUAGGGUGUUAUCACCUUCCUCGAUCUCCAUAACUCUUAGCUUCAUAAGAUACUCAGCCUCAUUCAUUAAUUGUUAAUUAUAAGACCGGCAACCAAAUUUUCGAUAACCUUAUUUCGAGGGAGUCAAAGAAUAGGAAAUUGGCCACUUUAGAAACGAGAAGGGAACUGCAACCACAAUGCAUCCCGCAAUAGUUUAUCGCCGGAAAGUUAACUGGGCCCAGUUUCCCUUCUGGUUUCCAAAGUGUCGAAUGGAAUUUUUACAUAUAGGCUUACUACAAAAGGAAACUUUGUUUAAAACAGUAGACGUUAUGAUCCAAAUUUAGUGAAAGGGUAAAAAAGGACUGAUUUUCCUCGUCUCCCUUUUAUACGUAGAAUGACAUAUGAGGAGCAUUCUGAUCAUAGAGAAAGCUAUUACGUGAGUAAUUAUAUCGUUUGGCUAGAAUGUGGGUUUGAUUUACAGAUGUCAGGAUAAGUUGCCUGUUAUCAGCACCUUGGAUCCUAUAUCUUUUUCUCCAACUUAACUCCUCCUUUUAAGCCUUCUUAAUGGAUCACGCAAAGAAGAGAGCUAAAAAGUCGUGUGUAUGCAAUGCAAUUAACUCUUGGACCCACAAGAAAAUCGGCGUCCCUCACCGUUGUAUUAGAGAGAGGAGUUCUUGCAAGCUUUCUUGAGGAUAGAUUGAUAUAAGACUUAUGGGAUCUUUGCAUAAAGUUUAAUACUGAAAUUUCCAUCCUACAAACUUCCAACUUCUUCUCCACAGAAUGAGAUAGGAAGAGACAACACAGAUCGUCCAAGUAACAACGUCGGACAGGAAUUUUCUGUAUCUGAACCUUCGCCCAUAAAUAUGGAGCUACAAAAUAUAAGUCGAAAUAGAUACAGCUCCACACAUCAAAUAAGCAGACGUGACCCCCAAAUGCAAAAUCCACCAGAAUAUGCUGAUUACACAAUUCUUCAUCAAUCAACUAGUUCUUGGGAAGUUGCAAGAAGUCAGGUGAAUGUAGAGAAGGUUAUCGGUAACGGUGCUUUUGGUCAGGUAGCCAAGGGAACUGCAACGGAUCUUCCAAACAGGCCUGGACAGACUACAGUUGCUGUUAAAAUGCUCAAACGUAAGGAAUUCCAUAUACCAUGUCCCAUCUUACUAAAGUUCUUACCUACAUUUUAUUACAUUCUUUUAAUUCAUUAACACUUAUUUUAACCCAUUGUUAACCAUAAAGCUAUGGAUUUAUAAUAUAUCUUUUUCUAUGGUUGGUUUAAGUAUUGAUUCAUUAACAUGCUGACGCAAUUAACAAUGACUGCAUUCUAUUGUAGUUGCCUGGUGCAAUAUUGUAUUCUUUUGAAGCUUGCAAUAUUUAAGCACGUGUGGUAGUUCCCAGUAGAAAUAGCACCUUGAUGAGGGGGCAAGGGGAUGUAACUGAACAGGAUCCCACCCGCGAAUACCAAAUAAGUGUGUUCAAUAAUAAGGCCUGAUCAGCACAGUUUUCCAAUACAUUUUUUCAUUUGCCAUCAAAAAAAAAAGACGUCGUGAGACAUUGUAUCGUGUCAACAAAAAAAUUACAGGGGUAACAUAAUCGUGGCAUUUUUGAAGCAUUAUGAUAAUGUGGAAAUUUGCAACAUUAUUCAGUUUCGACCUAUGGACCAUUGACGUCUGCUCCCUGCUAAGGUCUAAAAAUCGACAACAGUUUUCCAUGGUCUGUUUUCUUAUCGACCAUUGAAAUGACGUCGUUCAAAACUUUGCACUGAAACAACCCAUCUGCGGCUAGAGGUUCCACUUGAGUUGUCUUUUGUUUGUUUGUUUUCUUUGUCGAUUUGUAUUAAUAGUAGAACUGUCUCUCAGGUUCUUUUCAUCUGAGCUCUGAUACAGAGUAGGUUAGAAUCCCAGGACCCAAUUUGAAGUUUGAAGCGACUCUCGACAGCAAGAAGCAAUACUGAUAUACACUGUAACACCUGUGUAAGCUAUGAGAAUAACUAUGAGCCAAAACUGCUGAAUAUUCGAGAAUAUCGAACGGUGUCAAUCAACUUGGCCCUCCAAAAAACGAGUUCGUGGCUUUUUUUUUGCAUCAGAGCAAUAUACGUUUUGAAAAUUCCAAAGCAACUUUAAGUUUAAUCCAGAAGGAAUUGCUAGCUGUGGGCAAAAUAUUUCCCUGGACGCUAUUCUUUAGCAAAAGUGGGCUCCAUUAAGCUGGCUUUGAUUUCGAAUUUAGUGUUAUGAAAAUUGUUCACAUUAUUGCUAAAUGAUUGCUGAAGGAUUUCUCGGAAAAUGUUAUAAAACGAAGUUCUCCAUGCAUGGAUCACUGCGCCGUUUACUGCACCUAUAUUUAAAACAGCAACAGGCUUCCCUGAGUAGCCAUGAUUGUCAUCAUAUACGUGACUGUUUCCUUACUAAUAUAUUUUCCUUGCUUAGGUGAAGCUCUCGAGUCUGAUAAGGAGGACUUGGAAAAGGAACUAGAGAUAAUGAAGUCACUUGAACCUCACAAGCAUGUCAUCAGCCUUUUAGGAUGUGUCACUGAAACGGGUACUGCAUGUAUUGAUCCAGCUAUAAACGUAACUAAAUUGGGAUACCACAUAGAACUUUAUUGAGGGGCUGGAUGGUGUGGACGCGUUUACAAUUAAUGGUUUAAAAUAGUUUGGCUUUCUAUACUGCUAACGGUUUAUUUCUCACCGUUACGGCUUAUAGACGCCUGAAAGAAGAAAAAGCAAUUGUCAACAAUUAACCAAUCGUUAAAAUUAGUUAUCAAGUUUCAUUGGUUAUUCCUCUAAAGAAAAAGAAGGCUGAGAUAGGGUCCAUCAUCCACAAAAGAAAACACCUGAAUUCGGCCAAACUGAAGACGUUGAAACUGUCCUUGUGAAAAAACCUGAGGCUAACAACUAAUUGUGGCUAACGUUUUAAAUUUAUGACUAGAGGUUAAAAAGUAACACUUUUCUUAGCCUAUCACUAAGCUAUUGGUUACAUGUUACCCAAUGCAUUAAGGUCACGGGGGACACCGUAGGCUCAUUGUUAUGCAUUUAUCUAAAGCGUAUGCAAGAAGUAUAACGACUGAUAUCGACAGGCUUACGGGAUAUUUUUAACUGGAUAAAAGAUGAGCGCAUGAUUUGAAGUGUUCACGUGCACGUGAGGCACGCAGAUUACGAACAAAGUGUUUAUUCAAAAGUAAUAAACGGGCUGUGAAUCAAAUCUUGUUUCAGUGAUUUUUAAUAAUAUGAAAAUGAAUAAAGGGAAUCUUCAGAAAUUUCAACCACAUUUAAUACCAAGAAUCUUUGUACGCUUUUUUUUCGCCUCAAAAAUCCUUGAAAACAUUGCAGCUAAAAACAAAAUGAAAACUUGGAAUGUUAUUAAUCAUAUUCACCAUUAUAAUUACAUAUCUUGCUUGGACCUCGUGCUUUAGUCCGGACACUUUCAGGAAUCUCAAAAUUUGACUAUUCGGACAAUUUUGUGUCCAAGAAUUCAUCCCAUGCAGAUACAAACAUUCACCAGCUGGCACUGCAGAGGGGUAAACUUUGUGGUAGACUGUAGUGCGUUGUGUAUUGAGCGGAAUCCAAAAACAGCGCUUUUAUAAAGCGAUCAUAGGUAAGGCGUUAACUUCAGCGAUGACAGUUUUUGCCCAUUUAAACGAUUAUAUCUUGCUGGCCAGCUUUAAUUUUCAAAAUCUGCUCAAUACAUAACACACUAGAGGUUUUGACCGAUCAUUUACUAAUAAAAUUACAGAGUUCUGUCUUCUUUUUCUUCUUUUUCUGUCUUCUUUUCCAGCAAACCUGGACAGAACAUCUCGACCUCCCAACUGAUUUGGUACAACUGUGGCUUUAAAGGAUCACUGCAAAGAACGAUCUACCAAAUAGAAAACCACCCUCCUAAACUUCCAUCAUUUCAAAUUUGCCUCUAGCCGAGACAUAAGCGUUUCAAAAGAUGCAACACAAGCAAAAUUUUGCCUUUAACAAUUAGUUCAUGCGUCAGCGUGCGUAUGUCGAGAUAUUGAGCACGCGGGAAGUUUGGAGAGCACGAAAGAGGCGUAAGAGUUGCACGAGGCGCAGCCGAGUGCAACUCUAGCCUCUUGAGUGCUCUCCAAACUUCCCAAGUGCUCAAUAACUCGACAUACGCACAGCUGCAGCAUGAACUAAUUGUUUUAUAACAUCAUCAAAGCGAUCAAUGCAUCAGUUAACUUAUAAUUUUAUUAUUGUAGGGCGCGCUCAAAGCAGUACGCGUCAAUGUUUACGUGACUAUAUUUUUUUUUCCUCACAGUUAAUCUUAUGUUUUUAUCCUGAAACUGAGAGAAAUUGUACUCUAAAAUGAUUAUAAAAUCCAUAUUUAGGUGCCGGAAAACUAUUAAUUUACCGAAAAAUUGUUAUUGAGAGAAAACAAGUUUGCAAAGAAUUAACUCACGCCAUAGCCCGCACAGCUCGCGGAGAUAACAACAACAACAACAACAACACUCACCUCUUUUCCUUACUAUCGGUUAACAAAUUCAAACGUUUCCUCUUAAAUUUCCUUAUAAAACACAUCGUAAACGCUUCCUUGUCUAUUGCUGAGUUAUGGAUGCACUCAGGAGACUCAGGAUUGCUAAGCUCACAACCACUCGAGGAAUUACGAAUAGUUUAUUGACGUCAUCAGCGUGCUCAAUAGGAAUAUGAAGCACGCUCGCGCUAUUGAAUUUGAUUAGGCGAAUUUUCUAGCUAUGUUAUAAUAUGAAUUUAUUCAUAGAGCGGUGACGUGUUCCCCGCAGCCUUUUAAAAGACUCCCUGUAUUUCUUCCUUCGCUUUGUUUCGAACAGUACUUUUGCUACUAAGAAAAAAGACUACGGUCCUCUGAAUAAAGGGCUAUUUUCUAAUUUUAAUUUUGCAGAACCACUGUUGGUAUUGAUCGAAUAUGUCCCUUAUGGCGAUCUCCUGGGUUACCUGAGAAAGAGCCGUGGAUUAAAUGACACCUAUUACAAUGACCCGGACAUCAAGCCACAAACAAAUCUGACGUCACAGCAACUGAUGAAAUUUGCUUGGCAAAUUGCCGACGGAAUGAAUUAUCUUUCAUCACGAUCGGUAAGGAUCUUUUAAAACAACUUGCAAGAUGGAGCGGAUUAAGCACCUGGGCUCCAAAUAUGUCCUUAAUUGUGUCAAUAACAAAAUGCUGGAAUCUGAUUUGUUACAGCCCAUAUUUACGGCUUAAUUUUGCUAAUUGUGACUCCAAAACUGUCCGAUUUGACCUCUCCGAUUUCCAGGAGCUUGUAAUCGGACAGGUCAAAUGGGACAGUAAACAACCAAUGAAAUUUAACCGCAUCUAGCUAAUGAAAUUUAAUUACAUAGUUCAUGAUAACCAAUCAGAAUCAAUGAAAAAUGAUGGCUUCUGUAUAGGCAGGCUUUCCAGCUUAUAAUUUCAAAUCGGCCUUGCGCGAAAUUACACGCCCAGUUACUCCCUGAAUUGUACCCUACUCAGUCCUUUUACCAUUACUAACCCGUCGUUUUACUGCCAAGAGACUUAUACAGAUGGUCUUAUUCAACUGAAUCUUCUUCCAGUAACUUACUGGCAUGAAUUUUCUCCUUAGUUUAAACCACUGAAUGUUUCAUUCUACGGUCAUUGCAGUAUUACUUACUUUGUAGUCUUGGCGAGGUUAAUAAAAACAAAUCUAAGUAGCUGGAAUAUGAUCUUCUCGGUGAGUCUAGUGCUGACUGACAUUUCGACAACCUGUGCGGUAGUCACCUUCAGAAUCAAAGUGAAUUGUAUCACGUCAAUUGAUGGUAUUGAAAUAAGGUUAAUGACCUGAUUGGUGUAUGAAGUUGUGAUGUUAUUGUUUGUCUGCCAGUUAUUGGCUAAUAUUUAGAUUUAGCCAGGGCUAAAAGCGAAGCCUCCGUUUCUAUACUUAUGGUAAAAGCAAUCAAAUUAAAGUAAUAACAUGAACUCUAAGCCAGAAAAAAAAAGAACUCUUCACAUCCUUAAGAACCUUCUUCAUCAGACACCUUUAGAGGGAGGGACUAAAUGAUUAAGAAAAAGUAUCCCGCAAACAAACCUGAAUUGAAAAAAUUGCUAAUUUGUAGGUCUCUUAAGUAGCAGCAAUUUACAGGUUACGAUUUCUAGGGUUGGUGUUUCUGUGUUUAAGGGAAGACCUCAAAGAAAAAUCAGUUCGACUUAAAGACUUUUGUCUUCCCGAAAGUCCAUUAUAUUUUCUUUUCUUUUCUUCUUUUAAACGGGCCCAGACGAACAGUUAUGUGUAGCCUUUACAUUUAUACCUCACAAUAUGUGAAAAAAAAAUUACCGUAAGGUGUAUAAUAUUUUCUCUGAGGACAGACAUAGGAAAGCAAACGAUAACCUUUUUCGCUACUAAUAACAAUAGUCAAUCUUUCACUACAAGUAUAAACGUUAAUACAGCAACUUACAACCUUUCCAAAAAAAAAAAAAAAAAAAAAAAGCCGACGAGUCUGUCUAUUUUAGAAUUGAGGAGAAUUCUUUCCUUUUUUGGAUAAGCUCACUUUUUUCAGUGAGAAUAUAAAGUCAUAAACAAACAUCUGAAAACAAACGCAGUUAACUUAAUUCAAGCGGUAUUCAGGUCAGUAUUCAGGGCACAAGUUAUGGAAAAAGAGCAGCACACUGCACACUGCAAAACUGCAGAAAUUCUUGAAUUCUACACACUGCAAAGUUCUUGAAUGGCAAGUAAUGAAUGAGAAAAUGAAUAGCAAUUCAAUGCGGAAUAUGUACAAAAACAACCCUUCAGUUUUAAUUCAAGAAAAGGCCCGUCUGAAUGUUUCUAAAAAUCUCACGAUCUGUAGUCUCAUGGUCGUUUUUUGAACUAAUGUAAUUAUGAAUGAACAAUAACAGAUAAUUAACUUAAUUUCUUGAAAUUUUUUGUUCAAAAAAGCCAUAAGUUAAUCCUUAAAAGCAAAUCGCGUAAGACAAAUUAAAUCGUUGUGUUCUCGCAAGUUAAAUCGGUCGAGCACAUGGUAAAAAAAAUCAAUUUCAAAUGCACAUUUUGUGGUUUUUCUUUCACGCCGAUGUCAAAAUGUAGAAAAAAUUCCUUUUUAAAAACGUACUUUUCUUUGAUUAUAGCGUACGGAAUGUACCUCAAGUGUCGUCAGAAACCUCGCUGCCUUGGUUGGUUCAAAACAGGCUAAGUGCUCCGAUCUGCCGUAUAGAAAACAAGGUUGAAUUCCUCGAAAGACAAUUUCAUAGCGAAAAGCUUUCGUUUCUCUUUCCAUUUGUGUCUUUUAUCGGCGUAUUUUUAAUCUUGAAAUGCAAAACUUUAGUCUUGAAAACCACAACAUCAUGAACGCGCGCCAGCCAUUUUGUUGAUGGAUGACAUUUACAAAGGUGUCCAAUCCGUUUCUUCCCUCACCCCCUAAAUGGUUGACAUGACCAUUGGACGUUUGUGGGGGGGUAUGGGUGAUUUUACUGAUUUAGUUUGUAUUGGAACAAUUUUUCCCAAACUUCUCUGGAGUUAGAAACUUUUUCCCCGACAUAUAACGGUAUAAGAUUUUUAUUUUCAGCAUUAUACGUCAUGAGCGAUUUAUUUGCAUGCUUUUUUCCUCUCGAAAUCGGUCUGCAGGACAGUUUUUCUGAAAUCACCCAUAACCCCCUCAAAAGUCAAAUGGUCGGCCCCUAAAAUCCGCCAAACACUUGGUCAGUUGACAGGUUCUGACUUGUCAGUCAUUUCUAAAGGCUUUUGAAAGAAGUGCUGGUUUCCACAUGACGUCACUAAAAUUCAAACUACAAAACUAUCGAUCCUACCGAGAUUUUACUUUCAUGAUGUAUUAGAGGAGCAGAAAACUAAUCAGUGUUUUCAUACAAAUUUUCGCUUCAAAAGGGUUCUUGGUUUUGUGAUAGAGUACGCUUGAAUUUCUAAGCUUUUGCGCGACGCGGCAAUUACAUAACGGCCAAGGGAGCUGUCAUGUACGUUAAAAAAAUGAUUUAAUUCAGGGAAACAGUUCAUGUAUUAGAAAAAGUAUUACAUUACUGUUUAUGAGUUCUUUGAAGAAUAAAUUACGCUUUCGUAGUAAAACUCGGUAACAGAUGUUUCUGUUGGUUUCCGUCCUCCAUGCGGAUGAGCACCCGCAUGGCGUCUCCAUACAAAUGUCUAUAAAUUUUGGUAAAACGUUUCUUCGAAUAUGUCGUAUACGAAAUAUUCCUCUGACCUGAAUCUUGGCGAGUGUCUUUGCAUAUUUACCUCCUUUCAUCUCCCAGAUUCUGGACUUUAUCUAUUGAACAGUUUUGAUUUUUAUUUUGAUCUAUUUUGAAUGGCGUGACACUGAAAACCAGCAAUAGAGGACAAAACUCUCUGGGGGAGAGGGGAGGAAUUUGUUUCUACUUACCCCUACCCGGAAAGUCCGUACGGACGGACGUACGGUGACGUCAUAACCAAAUUUUCUCGGAUGGAUGGUUUACCAAAUUUUAUUACCCAUUGUUCUCCGCUGCGCGCGCCUCGCGCGCGCGGAGGCUCCGCUAUGAAGACUCUAAAUGUGCUUGGCGAGUUUUGAUGUCCCUUUUCUCACGGUUACAAUCGACAUUUUAUUAAUUGUUAGUCCAGUUGUCGUUUGUCCGAUCAUUUCUCUCCUUGCUAGUUUUGCUUGAGUUCGUCAAUGAGUCAUUUGUCUUGUAAGGUGCCUUUCACUGUUGACUUCGAUUCAGCGUUGUUUGUUCUAACGAAACAAACUGUAGAAAAGGAAACUCUAAUGAUAUCUUUUCAAGACCUGAUCGAUUUGAUCAACAAAAAACUUGCAACGACUGCAGAUUGCUGCGAGGGCGAAACUCGAUGGGGCAAAAACCUGCAGAAUUGACCGAAGAAGUGAAGCGCCAAAAUGACUUCGUGUGGUUCUUUCAAACACUAGACUCCCCGUAAAUUAGUUUCGGAUCACAAAACGGUGUACCUGAAUUUUCACUUGAUACCGAGCACGAGUUUGUGUACUGAACUGCGGUCGAAAAAAUGUCCACGGUGUUUUCCUGAGAUGUGUCCGACACAGAAAGCUUCUGUUCGUGUGCAAACCUCUACAGACCUGCUAGUGUGCAAACCUCUGCAGACCGUUACAGAUUAUAUGGAAACCAGGCUAUACAAUUUACAUACAGUAAUUUAUAUUUUUUCAUACUUUGGCUACAUGUUUUGUAAUUAAAGAUCAUUCACCGAGAUCUCGCAGCUCGAAAUGUGCUGGUUGGAAAAGGAGAAACUUGCAAAGUGACUGACUUUGGAAUGGCCAUAGAGUUAUAUGGCGAAGAUAUUUAUAGGAGGAAAACAAAGGUAAGUUGUGUGGGAACAUUUGACAAUUUACGUACUUCGAUUUAGGCUCUGAAUUUCUACUACGCAGCCUGACACAGUGAUUUAGUACAUUUUUAAGAGCUGUAAAUAUAAUAUAAUUUUAAACGUCUCUGAAAAAUGAUAGAAAAACAUCCCUGCUAGAGGAGGUCUCUUUUCCCCGCAGCAAGGAAUUGAAAAAAGUGUUGUGUCUAAAGAUGGAAUCCGUGAACGAUAUAUGUGUAAGAUUUCCUUAGAAAAUCGUUUACAAAAUGUCUUAAUGGCCAACCUUGAGUAAACAGGGAAAAGUAAGUGAUGCUUCUUAUAGCCCUCGACAACGUUUCUUUGAAGUUUUCAAGUACCAUAGCCACAUUACGAAGAACCAACCCCUGAGGAAAAUAACAUAUUUCAAAUUUUCUGCAAUUGAAAACAGAAAUUGUGUGAUGCUUUAUCUUUUAACCAAUAUUUAACCCCCCCCCCUUUUUUUUUAAAUUUCUAGAGUCGUCCCCUGCCGUUAAAAUGGACAGCUUAUGAGGCUCUGCACAAUCGAAGAUAUACAAUUAAAAGCGAUGUGUACGUAAAAUUAAUAUUAUUUAUACCAAAGUAGAAUUCUUUUUUUGUAAACCCAAAAAAUAAGCUGCCAAAAUUUGGUGACAGUAUGAUCAUCUGGAGGCUAUAAGGCUACUAAGAAAUCCGUUGUUUAAGGUUUUCUGUGUGUAUUUGAUACUUUGAUUUUUUAGUAUGUGUGUAUGCACGUAUAUGUACGGUCUAUCAACAAACGAACGGAGGUAAAAACUCGCUGGAUUGGUUUAUUAAUAAUUCUUAGUUCACUGGCAACACUUAAUAAAUAGCUGUAUAGAAAGGUUAUAGAUUAUCAAAGAUUUCUCUUAAGAGAUAAUGAUGUUCUAUAACAAAAAUGGCAAAGAUUUCACCAAAAAUAUAAAAUCAGUAGGAAAAACUAUACGAGCUCUAGUUUUGAAAUAGAGAAAAUUGAAGUCAAGCAGAUAAAAUUUAGAAGGUUUUGUACUGAAGUACAGGUAAUAAAUUGUUAUAUGAAAGGACAAAAUUCCCUAACAAAAUAAUGACAAACAACUUUAAAUUACGAGAUUAUUGAUUGACUUCAAAUUUCCCGGGCAUUCAAGUGUUUUUAAUCAGUUACAUUAAGUAAGUGUUAUCCGAGAGCCUUAAUAGACCUACUCAGGCCACUUGAAGCAUGACUACCUAAUUAAAUAUCCAUAUUUUGUUCAACGAAAAAACAUGUGAGACACGAUUUUAAAUAACACGUGACAUUGCUUUGUCAAUGACGUCACAAAAAACGUUUUCCUAUACGGGGAAGGUUGCAAACCUUAAUCAAAAUGUUACAUAAACAGUGUAAAUCGUAAAUCGGUCUUGUAUGAUCGGAAAUGUUAUUUAUCCUACUAGCUAUUUAAGUAAUUAAUAAGUCACGUGACUUUUUCCCCUUAUUUACCGAGUUCCUAUAUAACCUAAACACACAUACAAGGCGAAUUUUUCAGAACCUUUUAAUAGCCUCUGUGCCCAAUGCAAAAGAACUUGCUGCUCUUUCAAUAUCCUUUCCCCAUUUUACAGUAAAUGUUUUGACCGUUAAUUGUCAAUUAUCAGUCACGUGAAGGAAAUAUGAACUUCUAAAAUGUCUCAUAUUGCUAAGGCCAUUAAGCUACAUUUGUAGUUCAAUUUUCAGGAUCGUUGAAGCAAACUGUUCUCAAUAGCAUUUUAUCAAAAUAUGCAUAUUUCAUUUAAACUAUUUAUUUACGUUUCAGACCAAAAAAAUGCUAUGUUACAAUUCUAUUAUUUUUUGAUUUUUACCAUAAUUUGCCUUCUGAUUUAUAUCAUUUUUUUCGUUUUUAAUUAGAUGGAGUUAUGGAAUUGUUCUAUACGAGAUUUUUACAGUAGGUAUGAAUGCCAUAUAACUUGUAGGUGGCUUUUAACUUGUCGCAUAUCGGGACUGGAAAACGAAAAUAGACAAUCAAUACUAUACUUUCUAAUCGUGUUUUUAGGUGGUUCGCCCUAUCCAAGGAAGCGUGGCAGGGACCUUGCUCCUUUGCUUCGUCAGGGAUACAGGAUGCCUAAACCACAGCACGUGGAUGAGAAAUUGUACAUAAAAAAUUUAAGUAGAAAGAUUUUAUUUUCUGCAUUUUCCCGCAUGUAAAUAGAAAUUGCUUUCUAUUGAAUUCAUUAACCAUGCAUUUCUUUUUUAGUACGAUAUAGCACAACCCUUUAUAUGAUAGUGAAAUAUGUCGUGAAGGUAGUGAACUAAGCAGACUAGAUCAGUCAACCUCUGUCGCAGUAUUGUUCCCACAUUGCCAGAAAUCGUGGACACUUCGCGCCCGUGAUUAAUUGUCAGCGGAAUCUCAUUUUCAAAAUGACGGACAAAAACGAUCGUAGUCAGGGAAAGCGUAUCCCCUGCGAUUUUUUAAAUAAUUUGAGCUCUGUGGAUCUGUUUUACGAAGAAAAAAGCUGGAAUAAAACACCUUGCAAGAAAAUGUUAGGUUUAUACUCGGCCGAGCGGCUGAUAGCAACAAAACAGUACGCGGAUGUACCUUUCGUGACAUUUUCGUGACAAUUUUGUUUUAAAACCAAGCCUGGUAGGCUAAUCGAGGAUUUUUGAAUGCCUGGAACCUAGUUUAUAUCCCGUGAAGCAUCUCUGGAGUUGUAGCAACAAACAAAAUGGCGAUUCGGUGAGGUUUGGAGUUGUGAAGCUUUGCCCGACCGAAAUGUGUCAUUCGCAACUAUGUCGUCCAUUACUGGACUACAGAUGGAAAACUGAGGGAAAUAAUGCGCCUUUGGAAGUAUUUUGCAGUGUCAAAAUCGUCCUUUUUACGACUGUUUAGGAAACAUCUUAGAUCGCAGAAGUGAUAUCGAGUCGUGCAAAUUUACUUCAUUGAAGGGUUUAUCCUCUAAUCGACGAGUAUUUCGCGUGACUUCGGCAAGAUUUUAAGACAAUGUAUGGAGAAAUGGAGCGUACAACGGGAGAUGAAAGUGGCCACUUCGGGAAGUAAGUAAACCUACUUCUAAUUAGCCAUUUUUAACCCAGAUGCAAAGGUUACACAGCACUUAACAUGUUUCGAGUCGUGCACCGAAGACCCGUAAGCUCAUAGUCGAUAUAUUUGAACAAGUUUCCUUAUCUCCAUACAUUUUCUUGUACGAAUUCGCAGCCAUUAUGGCUUUAGUGCGCACGCGCAAGCGCCAUCUUGUCCCUAAUUUCUGGCAAUGUUAACCCUCUUUAUCGUUUCCUUAAUGCCACAAAAAUGUAAUGCUCUCAAAAAGUCUCCUGUAAACAAGAUUGUUAAGCUGGUGAACUAUUUUAUACAUCCUUGCCCACUUUUAAUGGUGAAUAAAUUUUCCCCUCCAGUAAUAGACCACACGAACAUUUGACCACGGUUAAGGCAACACAUAAUAUCCUCUAUAUAAUUGUCCUAGCUAGGGCAACACUGAAAGCCCUGGGCCCGGUACUCGAAAGGCCUAUAACGUAGUGGGAUUAUAGCUUUCAAUCGACGAUUCCUAUUUAUUUUCCUAUAGACUGUUAGAGUAUCAUUUUGUGUUAUCAUAAGCUCCGGUCGCAUAUUCUUGGAAGAGGAAACUUUGCCUAAACUCUGGGUUAAUAUUUAACCAUCUUUAGAGGAACUGGCAUGAGCCCUGGAGAUCGGACGAACUUCCUGAAGACCUUCUUUGCCUCAGGGCUUUCAGGAAGCUUUGGUAUUUGGCACAACGUCGAUGUCCGAAGCUUGUUGGAGCAAGGGAUGGUGCAGUGGUGAGAGCGCUCGCCUCCCACCAAUGUGGCGCGGGUUCAAACCCCGGCGUCGACGCCAUAUGUGGGUUGAGUUUGUUGUUGCUUCUCUCCUUUGCUCCGAGAGGUUUUUCUCCGUGUACUCCGGUUUUCCCCUCUCCUCAGAAACCAUCAUUUCCAAAUUCCAAUUCGACCAGGAAUCAGGUAGACGAAGAACCACUUUGUGGAUGUGCUACCUCCAAAUCAUUAUUUAUUUUAUUUAUUUAUUUCUUUAUUUUAUUUGUAAUAUAAUCAUCCACGCCUACGUUAGGGUGUAAAUAUAGCAUAACCCAUCUAUUUUUGGUACACUUAACAGCUCGCCUAAUUUACCGCUACCUCAAGAUGCCCAAUGUGAUCAUUGUCUUUCGAAGAAUUAAGAUGGGAAGUUCUUAUAUUUUUCAGGUAUCAAAUUAUGAUGAACUGUUGGGAAAAAGAAUGGGAAGAUAGGCCGUCAUUUGAUACUUUAAGAACGCAACUGAAAGACAUGGAAAAUCAGCAUAAGGUAAACUAGGAUAUCUAUUAAUCAUACCGGAAUUUAUUGCGCUUCGACUGCAUCAUAUUCGCUUUUGUAACUGUCUGAUUUUUUCUAGACCACUCAAUAGCACAUAACCGUCUCAGUUUUUGAAUUUUUCUAUCUUCAGAAACUGAUCAACAUGGAUAUUUACGAAGAUGAGUUGUAUGAAGUGGUCGAAGAUUGGGAUCCAUAAACGAGUUUUCAUAACCAAUAACCUAAACUGGACAUAACUUUACGAUUUUGCAUUAGAGUGCGAGUUCAUUUUAGAGCCUUUCAACGCGUUUCAAAUUAAACUUGGAGAAAAUUGGUUGGUAACUUAUAACGUCGUCGGAAGCCUGUUUUAUACAAACGUGAUCCUAGAAUUGCUCAUUUUCUCGUUACUAGCUGAAGACCCGAUUUCCAGCAGAAUAAUGCAUGUGUCAAGGCCAAAAUUAAGUAUUUUAAUCGAUUUCCAAAGCACUGGCUCAACAUUGUCUUGAAUUGGUCUUGCUAUGAUGCCACAAAAAGGAAAAAGUUAAAGAGAAAAAAAUGUAUAUUUACGCCAGAGUUUUUGCAUUAAUGUUCAUAAAAUAGUUUUCCUUACAAUUUGUACUAUAAUAUAAACCUAACUGAUUUUUUUUACAAUGCUAUUGCACGUUAGGAGUUAAAGCGACAUUUGUUGGCUUCACCGUAGAAGCGAAGUUAGUCUCAAGUAAGCCCUUCAUUCAAGUGCACUUGGAAAUCCUAUGUCUCUCUGU